AUGACGAUCAGAAACCGCUUCAUCAAUCUCUUUGAGCCCAGGGCGCAUGCGGACGAUGGCAUUGAGACUCCAGCUGAUUCCAAGCGCCCUUUGGAUGUUUUGAACGAGAUAGAUCAUUCCUUGGCAGUAGAGGGAAUUAUUGACGAAAAGGCUCAAUCUGGUACCCAGAAAGCCCAGGCAAGUACACAAGCUUGGACAAAAAAGACAUUGAUUGUGGCCUAUAUCCUCAUUUGGGUUGUCAAUUUCCUAGACUACUUCAGCUCCGGACUCCUCGGCGUACUUUCACCAUACAUUUACAGCGGUUUCGAGAUGCAUGCCUUGACAGGUCUCACCACCGUGAUCGCUUCAUUAGUGUCCGCCAUGAUCAAAUUUCCUUAUGCCAAAGUUAUGGAUAUCUGGGGUCGACCUCAAGCCUUUGGAAUUGGCGUUGCAUUGUUGACACUCGGGCUUGUCAUGAUGGCUGCCUGCAAAAAUGUUCAGACGUAUUGUGCUGCUCAGGUGUUCUACCAAACUGGUUUCAGCAUGAUAGACUUUUCCAUGACAAUCUUUAUUGCCGAUACUACGGCUCUGAGGAAUCGUGCAUUCUGGAUUGCAUAUGCCGCUUCUCCGUAUCUUAUUACCCCUUGGAUUUAUGGUUACGCUGCUGACCGAAUCUUGGCUCCGGGUGGCAUCGGGUAUCGAUGGGGCUUUGGUGUCUUUGCCAUCGUCAUGCCUGUGGUCAGUACGCCGCUCUGGUGUCUCUGGUACUACAUCCAGAAAAGAGCCGAAAAGAUGAACUUCACAGAGAAGACGAGCAGUGGACGAUCUCCUUGGCAGUGGUUCAUCUAUUAUUGUGUUGAGUUCGACGUUAUUGGCCUGCUUAUCAUCGCUACUGGAUUUUCACUUUUUUUGCUGGCCUUCAAUUUGUAUUCUUACCAGGCGGGAGAAUGGCACUCCCCUAUGAUCAUCUGUUUCAUUGUGAUUGGGUUCUCUUUGAUUGUCGCCUUCACCAUCUGGGAGAAGUACUUUGCCCCAGUAAAGUUCAUGCCGUGGGAGCUGAUCCAAAAUCGAACAGUGUUCUUCACUUUCUCCAUGGUGGUUUCUCUGUACCUCGCCUGGUAUAUCUGGGACAACUACUUCUCGUCCCUCCUGCAAAUUAUGCUCGACCAGUCCGUCACGCAAGCAACUUACAUCGCCAACAUCUAUACCAUAGGGUCCUGCUUCUGGUGCCUUAUUCUGGGGGCUAUUCUUCGGUACAAUGGCCAUUUGAAGUGGUGGGCUAUUUGCUUCGGAGUUCCUCUGACUAUUCUGGGUGUUGGCCUGAUGAUCAAGUUCCGGCAACCCGAUACCGACAUUGGCUUCAUAGUGAUGUGUCAAAUCUUCGUUGCUUUCGGUGGCGGCACCCUUGUCACCUGUGAGCAGAUGACAGUCAUGGCUGUGUCUGCCCAGAGAAACAUCCCUGCUAUCUUGGCCAUUGAGGGUGUAGUUGCCAACAUCGGUGGUGCUCUUGGUGGUACUAUUGCUACCGCCAUGUGGACUGGAAUCUUUCCAGUUAGGCUGAAGGAGCGUCUUCCGCAGUCAGCUCAAGCCGAAUUUUCUCAAAUAUAUGGCUCAUUGCUUGUUCAAAAGUCCUACGCGAGGGGCUCGGUAGUUCGCGACGCUAUUGAUCAUGCGUAUGGAGAUACUCAAAGGUUAAUGCUCAUUACUGCUACCUGCCUUUAUCUGAUUACUUGGACGUCAUGUUUCUUCUGGAAGGAUCUUAAUGUGAAAAAGAUGAAGCAGCAGGUGCAUGGCUCUCACUUUUGA